AUGGCCUCGACCAACUAUGCCAGGCUGCGCGAGCAGACCAUGGGCUCGCAAGAAGAUGAAGAAGCAGUCACCGUCAACACAAGAGCCUUGAUUGACAAGGUGCUGGCUCGCUACUCCGGAGAAUGGACAACCUUACGAGAACUUAUCCAAAACGCCGCCGAUGCUCAAGCCUCGAAGGUCACCAUCCGAUUCGAGACGACUCCUUCCUCGACCAUACCUCUUCCCUCGACCCAAGACCCCUCCGACCACCUCAAGCACGUUCUCCUACACCACACAGUCAAGACGCUACUCGUGACGAACGAUGGCGACGUCUUCAACGAGAACGACUGGCAGCGGCUGAAGCGGAUAGCGGAGGGCAACCCAGAUGAGACGAAGAUCGGUGCGUUCGGUGUAGGCUUCUACAGCGUGUUCGCGGACUGUGAGACGCCCUUCGUGAGCUCAGGGAAAGAGUCGAUGGCGUUCUAUUGGAAAAAGGACAGCUUGUUCACACGGCGAGGGAAGCUCUCGGAUGACCAGGCCAUGAAGGGUACUACGUUCAUGCUGGAUUACCGGAGUCAGAGCACGCCUGUGCCGCAGCUGUUGGGACUGUGUCAGUUUCUGGCGACGAGCUUGACGUUUGUCGGGCUGGAGUGCAUUGAUUUGUACUUGGACGACUGGAACAUCCUGAAGCUGACGAAGAAGAUGGCGCCUGCUAUGAAGGUUAACAUCCCGAAGGAGGUGAACCCCAAGACGAAGGAUGGGCUCAUGAAGAUCACGGACGUGGAACAUCAGAAUGCUCAGAUCGAUGCGCAGUGGAUGAAUGUGGUGGGAUGGAACAGAACAUUGCCGUCUCCCGUCAACGCCACAUCACAAUCUCAGGCGGACAAUUCUGGCUCGCUGCGUGGGUGGUUUUCGAAGUUCACUGCCGGCGUCUCGACGAAUGUGGCAUCACAGAAAGCACGCAAGGACGAGGAGGCACUGCAACGUGCCCUGGUGGAGGACCUGGCGGGCAACAGUAGGGCUACGGUGUUCUUACGAGUCAGCACGGUCAAGGUCCAGACGUUCGUGAGCAAGUCGCUGUCACAGGAGCUGGAGCGAGCGACCAAGAAACCUCCACCCAAGAACACCCGCAUCGCCAUCCUCACUUCAUCCUACGACGAGAGCUCCGCGUCCCUCUCGUCGGUAUCCGGUGCCGGCUCGAAGAAAGCUACCGAGAUCUUCUCCUCCGUCCUUCCAACCAAGAACGGCAAGAUAUUCAUCGGCUUUCCGACAGCUCAGACAACCGGUCUCCUCGCUCACAUCUCAGCACCCUCCGUCAUCCCCACUGUUGAGCGAGAGAGCAUCGAUCUAAACGCUCGCUACGUCCGCGACUGGAACGUGGAGAUGUUGCGAGUGGCCGGCAUUGCCUGCCGGAUAGCUUACGCUGGCGAGCUGACCGAGCUGGACUCGAAGCUGAAGCGCAUCCAGAAUGGUACUAAGAGUCCCAGCAAGGAUGAUCUCGCGGAUGUGAUGCCUUCGGCUAUACACAUAUGCAAGCAGUACCACUUCGAGGAGUCUACACCAUCCAUGAAAGUGGGUGACUACAUCGAAGAAGCGUUUUGGAUGUGCAACAAAACUGCCAGCAUCGAUGUGCUGUCCACGAGAGGUGUGUUGCCCAGCCAGGAUGUGAGAGUGGCGACGGAGGACUUGAGCUUCGUCGAAGGCAUACCGGUUGUGCCUGAUGAGUUAAUGGACAAGGCGAACGACUUUUUGACGAAAUUACGAGGAUAUGGAUUGCUGUCCGACAUUACUACUAGCGACAUCAAGAAGGAGUUGGAGAAGCAGGCGCUCUCCGAGAAGCAGCUUACGGAGCUGGUCAAGUGGGCAUGCACCAAAGUGUCGCGGCAGGACAUGGACGCCAGUGUGGUGCAGUCUCUUUUCGAUGGGACCGUGGCGACGAUCAAUGAUGAACACGUUGGCGCAUCAUCUAGCCCGGUGAUACAGCUUGGAUCGAUCAGCACGUUCGUAAACGUUUCGAAGAUACCAGCGGAGAUGCCUACACCUCCGCAAACUAUUCCCUUCAGGCUAACGAGGGGCCUCUCGCCGAGCCAGCUGCAGUCAAUCGGAUGGGAGGAACUGCAGAUCGUACCGUGGCUACGAUGGAUCAUCGAAAGCAAUAGUCAGGGCUUUGGAGCGGGCAAGAGCUUGACUGCGUCUUCUGAGGUGGCUGCGCAAGUGCUGCCGGUCGUCUCGAAGGCGUGGGAUGCUCUGUCGCAGUCUUCGAAGCAGACUGUCGUUGAGCUCCUCACACCACGAUCGGUCAUCCCGACCAAACUGGGCAUGCGAAAGCCACCGCAGGCUUACUUCGCGAGUGUCAAGCUCUUCGACGACCUGCCCACCAUCCACGGCUUGCAAGGCGUCAAGGAAAAAUUUCUUGGCGCUUUGGGCGUGCGGAAGACGGUAGAGUUGAGCGUAGUAUUUGAUAGGCUGAUGGCCAAGAACGAGAAGGCUGCGACUGGCGAGGAGGGCAAAUGGAGCCAUGUCGAUCUGAUCAAGUAUUUGGUCAGCGUCAAGGAGGAUAUCCCUUCUGAGGACAUUAAGAGACUCCGGACCACGCCACUUUGCACUGCUGAGACGCAGUCCGCAGAUCAGGCGAACAAGGGAAAGCUGUACCGGGUAUCAGAGCUCUACGAGCCGAACGAGUCGAUUCGCAAACUUGGACUGCCCGUCCUACACUGGCCAGGCCAGUACCGUCCGACGAGCCAAGAAGGGCGCUUCCUCAAGAUGCUCGGCCUCCAACCCUACCCAAGCGUCCCGGACCUCGUCAACAUCCUCGCCAAAGCGCCCACAAACAGCGAGCUCCAACAGAGCGCUAUCAACUACUGGGUCAUCAACAAUUACCAAAACGGCUACAACCAGUUCCCGAUCGGUAAAAUCGAAACGGCCUUCCUGCCCGUCCAGCCCUUCGAAGGCGAGCGCAACAACAUGGUCGCACGUCCGAAUCAAUGUUAUGCAGAUCCGAAGGCCUCCGUGCUGCGUUUCCGCAUCUUGCGCGAGGACCUGCAGCCGCAUCAUGCGAUUUUUGGGGUAGCGAUGCGUCCUUUCAUCGGCGCCUGCGCGGAUCGCCUGAUCAAGCAACCACCGCUCGACGUCGCGAGCGCAAAGAGCUUGUUUGGCUACUUCGCCGGUCGCCUCAAUGAGAUUGGACCAAACGGCAACAUCGCAGAGCAGUUGGGUGAUGCCCCCAUCGUACCCAUCCUGCAGCGCGCUUCCGGCGAUAAGAAAUAUGGCGUGCGCUUCAUCCCGCCUAAAGCGUGCUUCAUCGGCGACGGACAGACUUACGGCGAUAUCUUUGACUUUGUCGACUUUGGCGCUGAAGCGAAUACAUUCCUGCUGCGUGUCGGAUCAAAGCACGAACCCAGUGCGUUCGAGAUCGCGAACAUGAUUGUGCGCCAGCCUGCACGACUGCUGCAGACGCUGGGACAUGAGAAGUACCUCCAGAUCCUGCGCAAGAUCGCCGAGAACGCUGCGCAGCUGAAGAAAGACAAAACGCUCUGGUCGCAGCUAAAGUCCUCACCCUGCUUGCUGGCCGAGAAACAAGUCCUGCAGGUCCCCGAAGGCGACGAGAAAGUACGUGAGCUGGACGACGAGGAGUUGACGGUGAAAGAGUAUUCGCUCUGCGUCGCCUCGGGCAUGGUGUUACUAGACGACUUCGCCACCUACCGCCUCUUCCAGGCUAACCUGCUGGUGGCGCCGCAGGAGGAGGUGUUGGAGAAUCUGUACUCGGCGCUCGAGACGCCUUGGCUGAGUAAAUUGGUUGAGGACGAUCAGAGGAUGGGCGCUGUGCUGCGCGAUCAGACGCCUGCGGAGCGGUUGGGGAAGCUGAUCAUUGAGCGCUGUAGGCUGUUCUUGUACGAUCACACGGCGGAUGUGAUACGGCAUGAUGCGAAGUGGCUGGACCAGAACCUCAACGUCAAAGCUACAGAGUUCCUGCAAGUCACGCGAAGGUUGAAGGGGUACCGGAUGCAGUUCGUCGAAAAGCGUACAGCGGCUCUACACCGCGAGAGCAAGCACAAUGCCAUCUUGUACGUGACAGGGAAGUACGAUCUCUAUGAAGUCGCGAGGGCGAUUAUGCCGCUGUUGUUGAAGAAGCCGCGGCAGCAGGAUUACCUGGCGCUGGAGAUUUUGAUGGAGAGCGAUUUGAGGCGGUUGAAGACGAAGGGGUAUAAUGUUGAUCGUAUUCUGAGGGCCAAGGCGGCAGAGGCGAGGGUUGCGGAGAGCGAGCGGCAGAGGAAGGAGGAGGAGGGGCGGAGGUUGGCGGAGGAGGAAGGGAAGUUGAGGGCGCAGAGUAAGGCUUUGGAGAAUGGUGUUGCGGGUGGUAUGGCGAAUGGGAUGGAAAACGGCUCCACACCGCAACCUCAGCCCCCGCCUGCUGCGCCAGAUACACCGGAGAGGCAGCUCUCCAUGCCGGGCACCUUCAACGACUCCCCGCCUACGACCAGCAAGGGCAAGAAACCCAGCUUCUUCAACUCCAUCAGCAAACACCUCGGCAUCAACCAGAACGCCGCCACGUCCAGCGCCGCGGCGCAGCAGAUGCAAGCCAUGCUCACCAACGGGCACGACAACGACGCGCCGCCUCCCUACGAACCCCGCGACAUCUCUCGCGCUGGCGGGAGCUCUGCCGGUACUGAGCAGGUCUCCUCGCCGCGGGAUCUGCACGACAACCUCGAAUCCGCCGUCAAAGCCUCCCGCGCCUACGACUCCAACACCCUGUUCUCCCCGCCCCAGACGAAAGAUAUAAAGGAGACCCCCUCCUACUGCGACCCUCGUCCCGGCCACGACCUCACGCACGUCACCACCGACCCCUCAGGCAUCAAAAUCUUCCUCUCCCGCUCCUCCACCACCCCUUCUUCCGACUUCCUCGCUGCGAACAGCGCAGCCAUCUCCACUUUCUCGCAGAUCCUAAACGACUGCGCGACAAUCUUCUCCCUCCCCGCCUCCACGCUCAACAUCUUCCACGACUCCACCGGUGCAGCGAUCGCCUUCAACAGCUCCGGCUCCCUAUUCUGCAAUCUGCGGUACUUCAUGCAACUCCACGAGCAAGGCAUGGGCAGUGUAGAGGGACGGGUCGACGCGAUGGCGUAUUGGUGGAUCACGCUUUGUCAUGAAUUGGCGCAUAAUCUUGUCGGGGAUCAUGGGCCGGGGCAUAGUUUUUACACGGAGAGUUUUGUUGCGCAGUACUUCAGGAGGGUUGUUUGGUGGGUUGGGAGACAGGGGGUUGCGUGA